GGACCGCGGGUUCGAGUCCCGUCGGUAGCGGAGGAGAGGCGGCCAUGGCGCGGCGGGUAGUGUUGUUUGACCUUGGCGGUGUGCUCUUCGGGCCUGGCCUGCAGUACUUCCUGGGCGCCUGCGAGCAGGACAGCGCCCUGCCCAGGAAUUUCUUGCGGAGUGUCCUGCUCGCUGGUGGCUCCAACAGUCCUUAUGCCAAAGUGAUGAAGGGACAGAUCACUCUGUCCCAGCUCUUUCUGGAGGUGGAGCAGGGCUGCCAGCAGCAUGCCUCUGCCACGGGCAUCACCUUGCCACCCACCUUCUCCAUCACCAGAGCCUUUGAGGACAUGUCAGCCAAGGGAACAGUCAAUGCUCCUCUUCUGCAGGCAGCCAGGGUGCUGCAGAGGAAUGGAUUCAAGACCUGUGUCCUGACCAACAACUGGGUGGAUGACAGCAGCGGGCGCCGCUUCACGGCCACGCUGAUGAGCCUGCUGCAGCGACACUUCGACCUGGUCAUCGAGUCCUGCCGCCUCGGGGUGCAGAAGCCGGACCCCAGGAUCUACGCCUACGCCCUGGAGGUGCUGCAGGCCGAGCCGCAGGAGGUGAUCUUCCUGGAUGACCUUGGGGAGAACUUGAAGCCUGCCCGGGAGAUGGGCAUGGCCACCAUCCUCGUCAGGGACACGAGGACUGCGCUGGAAGAGCUGCAGGAGCUCUCAGGUGUCCAGCUUCUCACACAAGAGGAGCCCCUGCCGACCGUGUGUGACCCAGCUGCUGUGACCCAUGGAUACGUGCCCAUCCGGCCUGGUGUCCAGCUGCACUUCGUGGAGAUGGGACAUGGCCCUGUGGUCUGCCUCUGCCAUGGCUUCCCUGAGUCCUGGCUCUCCUGGCGCUACCAGAUCCCAGCUUUGGCUGAUGCUGGCUUCAGGGUGAUUGCUCUGGAGAUGAAGGGCUAUGGGGAGUCCACAGCCCCACCAGAUAUCAAAGAAUAUUCCCAGGAGCAGAUCUGCAAGGACCUGGUGGUUUUCCUGGACAAACUGGGCAUCCCGCAGACGGUGCUGAUUGGGCAUGACUGGGGCGGUGCUGUGGUCUGGAACAUGGCUCUCUUCUACCCUGAGAGGGUGAGGGCUGUGGCCUCGCUGAACACUCCCUACCGACCUGCUGACCCCUCUGUGGACAUCGUGGAGAAGAUGAAGUCCAUUCCCACCUUCAAUUACCAGUUCUACUUCCAGGAGCCGGGCGUUGCAGAAGCAGAGCUUGAGCAGGACAUUGGCCGCACCCUGAAGGUCCUGAUCCGCUCCACACGGCAGGAGGACCGCCUGCCCUUCCCGCUCAACUUCCAUGCAGUCCAGGAGCGAGGGGGGCUGCUGGUGGGCUUCCCAGAAAACCCCCCUGCCAGCCAGAUCCUGCAUGGCCCUGAGCUGCAGUAUUACAUCCAGCGCUUCGAGAAGUCUGGCUUCAGGGGCCCUCUGAACUGGUACCGCAAUAUGAGACCCAACUGGCACUGGGCACUCUCUGCCAAGGACAGGAAGAUCAUGAUGCCAGCGCUGAUGGUCACAGCUGGGAAGGAUGUGGUGCUGCAGCCCAGCAUGAGCAAGGGCAUGGAGGAGUGGAUCCCUCAGCUGCACCGGGAGCACAUCGAGGAGUGUGGACACUGGACGCAGAUGGAGAGGCCAGUGGAGCUGAACAGGAUCCUGGUGAAGUGGCUGGAGGGGCUCCCCACCGAUGCACCCCUGACCAAGUUCUCCAGGCUGUGAGCAGAGCUGGCAGGCAGGGUCCUGUCCCCUGUCUUCCGUCCUCCUGGGGAUGGAUUUUUACCUUGAGGGCUUGAUUUGUAUCUUUGAAGGGAUUGAUGGGUGAGAUGGGGACUGGGAGGAGGCUGGCACAAAGCCUGGGCACCAGCUUUGUGCACAUAGAAGGAGCCUGCUGAGCUCUUGUGGGCAAUUGCAGGGUGGUGAGAGAUGUUGUGGGGUUGGAUCCAUGCUUCUGCCACAUCACCCUGACCCCAUCUCAGGGCUUUGGCUGGAGGGUCCCAGGCUCUGGCCACUUGCACUGGUUGGUUUUGAUGUGGAGGUUUUAAUGCACUACUAAUCAUUAAUUCUGCCAGAAAAAAUCACCUUCUGCCUUGUAACACUGCAAAAUAAAGCACAAAGUGACCUAGCUUGGCUCUCCUCAUGCUCCUCCAGGAAGCAGAGAAUCAUACAAUGCUAGGGGUUGGAAGGGACCUCUAGAGAUUGAGCCCAAGCCCCCCUGCCAAAGCAGGAUCACCUAAGGCAGGCCACACAGGAAUGCAUCCAGGCA